AAUUUUGCACAUUGGCAUUUGGUAAUUCAAAAUAAGUAGAAUUAAAUUUAAUCUAAUAGCCAUUUCACAACUUGAAUUUUGAUUUUUAAAAUUAUUUGAUUUUGCAAAAUUUUGGACUACAAAUAUUUAAACUGCUAAAACCUUGUUUUCAACAUGUCUACGUUUACCUGUAUAAGUUGUGGGGUAAAAUUCGAAAAUUCGGAAAUUCAACGAGAUCAUUAUAAAACGGAUUGGCAUAGAUACAAUCUAAAAAGACGUGUCGCCAGUUUACCACCAGUAACCGCUCAAGAAUUCCAAAAUCGAGUUGUAAACCAGAGAAACGUUGAUUUGGAAGAAAAUACGCGUACCUCUUUAUUUUGUUCCGCAUGUAGAAAGAAUUUUUCCUCAGAGAAGUCUCAUGAAACGCAUCUUAAUAGUAAAAAACAUAAAGACAAUAUUGAGUUAUUUAAGAAAGAAGAUCUAGAGCAGGUGACUAUUAAAAACAUAGUUUUACCAAAAACGGAACCGAUAUCAAAACGAGUUGAAAGUUGCAUGGAAGAUGAAGAACUAGAUUCAGAUAGUUGGGAGGAUAUAAUGGAAAAACCGAUUACAACUAAUGAUUGUAUCUUUUGCGAAAAUGAAAGCGAAAACAUGACAUCAAAUCUGGAACACAUGUCGGUUUCUCAUUCUUUUUUCAUUCCAGAUAUUGAAUAUUGUGUAAAUUUAGAAGGAUUACUCCUUUUACUAGCUGAGAAAGUUAUAAAAGAUUAUAUUUGCCUUUGGUGCAAUGAUAAGGGAAAAACUUUUUACUCUUUAGAUGCUGUACGAAAACAUAUGAAAGAUAAAGGACAUUGCAAAAUGUGGCAUGAAGGAAUAGCUUUGGCAGAAUAUUCUGAUUUUUAUGAUUAUAGUUCAACUUAUCCAGACAAUGUUGAGGGAAUGGAUAUAGAUGAAGAGUUUGAGCCUGAAUUAUUAGAAGGUGAUGAAUAUCAAUUAGUUCUCCCUUCAGGAGCUGUAAUUGGUCAUCGGUCUUUGCUGAGAUAUUACAAGCAGCGUUUAAAUCCCAACAGAGCUGUUACUAUUCAUAAAAAUGACAAAAAACUCCAUAAAGUUUUGUUGCAAUACAGAGCGCUUGGUUGGACGAAAACUGAACAAGAACUAGCAGCAAAAAAGGCAAGAGAUAUUCACAUGAUGAAAAGAAUUCAAUCAAAAUGGGCUAUGAAAUUGGGUUGCAAAAACAAUAAAUUACAAAAACAUUUCCGGGCACAAAUUAACUAAAUUCAUUAUGAAAGCGUUUUAAAUAAUGUUGAAAAUUAUGAUAGUUGCCUGCCCAUUUUAAUGUAUAGUAAAUUAAUACUUAUGUAAAUUUUUGUGAUUAAUUAAAUGCAAAUUAACUUUGCAACACAAUCUGA